GUAGGUGCAAAGGUUGGAGAAGUCUGUGGACAAAGGCAAACAAUCCAAACGCUUCAAGCAUGAAGACGAUUGUUGUUCUUUUACUGGCAUUCAAGCUCUGCUGUUCUGAUCUUGGACCUGAUGAAAACGAUGCAAAACUCGGCCAGGUCUCAGGCUUCGCCAGCUGCUGUAACAUCUGCCCUCUCACAUCUGUAACUCAAACUGUUGGAGAGCUGAAGGAGAAAGUUGCCAACAUGGAAGAAAAAAUAACUUUUCUGGAGACCAGGCUGCAAAGCACGGAAAAAGAAGUCCUGGAGUUACGGAGCCUCAUUGGAGGUGCUCCUCAGGUGGCUUUUUCUGCAGCUCUCAGGGAUUCUGGCUCCGGAAACACUGGGCCUUUUACCACUGUUAUCCCACUGCAGUAUAAAAAGGUUUUCUCCAACACUGGCAAUUGCUAUAAUCCUUCAACGGGUGUUUUCACAGCAAUGGUCAGUGGAAUGUACUUCUUUCGAUUCUCAAUGUUCAACAACUUGGCUCCUACUCCCAGCUCGGUUGUUAGCCUGAUGAAGAACAGUGAGCGGUUGACGUCUGUGUGGGACACCAGUGGGACUGAUAGCAACGACAUGGGCAGCAACGCCGUGGUCAUCCCUCUGAAAGUGGGAGAUAAUGUGUACGUGCAGCUGGAACCAAACAGGAUGGUGUAUGAUGACAGCAUGAACUACAACACAUUCAGUGGCUUCCUGCUCUUUCGUAUGUGAUGCUUCUAACACGUGUCCCAGCAUGCUUCUUCCAUCAUUUUACAGUAAAAAAAUUUACUUCUAUUGUAGUUUCAAAUUGUGAUCUAAAUAAAAUGAGGAAUACCUUUAUUUGAAUUUGGGUUACAUAAAUAUAUUAAAUAUAUAGCCUGAGCAUUAUAUAACAGGGAGCUUUUCCAUUGGCGGAUCUAGGGUGUGGCUACUUGGGCUACAGCCCCG